GACAGUGACAGCGAGCUGUCAUUCAUAGUUCAAAGUCUCCAAGACGAGUUCUUGCUUCACAUUCCGAAAGCAGUAAUUUAUUUUAACGCAAUAAACGGGGAAGUGUAACUGUGUAAUGAGUGUCUGGUGCUCGUGCUCGUGAUUAUUUAAAUGUGUGUUUAUUUAAAAUAAAUGCUGAUUUUUAUUUAAAAGUUAAUUCUAUAAGCUUUUGUGAUGGCGCCGAAUUUUAGUAAAAUUACCUCACGGACUGAUGUGAAAAUCGCGUUAGCAGCCUCUGCAGCGCUAAGUGCCUGGGUAAUCAGGAAUUCUUUGAAGUCAAGUAAACAUAAAAAUGUCAAAUCAAGCCGUCUCUCACCUGAAGAACAGAUACAAUACAUGAUAAAAGAGAAAAAUAAAAAGAGUCCAAAGGCCCAAGUUGAUGCACGGUUCUUGGCUGAACUGAGUGCACUAUGGAAGAUCAUGAUGCCAUCUUUAUGGUGCAAGGAGAGUGGGUUCAUGGUACUGGUUGCUCUUUCUCUGAUAUCAAGGUCUAUGUGUGAUCUAUGGCUUAUACAGCACACUACACUUGUUGAGGGGUCCAUCAUCACAAUGAAUCAUAAGGAGUUUAGAAGGUUAUUAACACAAUUCUUCAUUGCCAUGCCUGUCAUAUCGUUAGUAAACAAUGCACUGAAAUGGAGUAUAGGAGAACUGAAGUUACGUCUAAGGACCAAUUUGACACUGUUUUUGUACCAACAGUACUUGAAGGGCUUCACCUACUACCAAGUAUCAAACCUGGACAAUAGGAUAUCGAACGCUGACCAGCUGCUGACGACAGACAUUGAGAAGUUCUGCGAUACAGUUGUAGACCUGUACAGUAAUAUCAGCAAACCGAUGCUGGAUAUCGGUAUUUACUUGUACAGGUUGACUGUUAACUUGGGAGCCUCGACUCCUGGUAUAAUGAUGGCUUACCUACUCUUGUCUGGAGUGUUCCUCACGUACCUCAGAAGACCUACAGCUAAGAUGACGGUUCAUGAGCAGAAAUUGGAAGGUGAAUUCAGAUACGUGAACUCUAGGCUGAUCACAUAUUCGGAAGAGGUCGCCUUCUAUCAGGGCAACCAUCGGGAGCAACUGACGCUGCUCGCCAGCUUCUACAAGCUGACUAGACAUCUGCGCAACUUCCUCAACUUCAGAGUCGGCAUGGGAUUCAUUGACAACAUCAUUGCUAAAUAUGUGGCUAUUACCGUCGGUUUCUACGCUGUAUCUCGUCCAUUCUUCGCAGUCGACCACAAUUUGCUUACUACGGGCACCGAGAAUGAUAGAUUCAAGCACUACUACACAUACGGCCGUAUGUUAGUGAAAAUGGCGGAAGGUAUCGGCCGGCUCGUACUGUCAGGCCGCGAGCUCAGCAAACUAGCGGGGCUGACGUCACGCGUCACUCAACUACGCACCGUACUGGACGAUGUUAACAAAGGAAACUAUACCAGGACCAUGGUUGAUAGGAACUCGCAGAAUGGAAGCGAAAUCCCAGCUAUACUAGCGCCAGGCGCCGGUCGCAUCAUCUACCAGGACAAGAUCAUACGUUUCGACAAAGUUCCACUCGUCACACCCAACGGUGACGUACUCAUCAAGGAACUCACCUUCGAAGUCCGCUCUGGUAUAAACGUUCUCGUAUGCGGUCCCAAUGGUUGCGGCAAGUCGUCCAUGUUCCGUCAGCUUGGAGAGUUGUGGCCGAUAUUCGGAGGCACCCUAACUAAGCCACCUAAAGGCAAGCUCUUCUACGUACCGCAGAGACCUUACAUGACGCUAGGAACGUUAAGAGAUCAGAUAAUCUACCCACAAACUCGCGAGGAGAUGCAGAGACGGGGUCGUUCAGACGAGCAACUGCAUCGUUUCCUGGAGAUAGUUCAACUGUCGUACCUGACCAACCGCGAGGGAGCACUGGACGCCGUGGAGGACUGGAUGGAUGUACUGUCCGGGGGGGAGAAACAGAGGAUCGCUAUGGCGCGUCUGUUCUACCACGAGCCUCAGUUCGCGAUCCUGGAUGAAUGUACCAGCGCAGUUUCAGUUGAUGUCGAGGGACAAAUGUACCAGUACUGCAGAGAGGUCGGUAUAUCUCUAUUCACGGUAUCUCACCGCAAGUCCCUAUGGAAGCACCACGACCACUACCUGCAGAUGGACGGCAGAGGCGGGUUUGUGUUCGGAGAGAUCGACAACGAGACGCAAGAGUUCGGCUCGUGAUUGUUAACUCCUUUAUAAAAAUAGAUUAACAAGGAUUAAUGCACAUAGAACGCUGCAAAGGAAAAGAUAACCUAGGCUUAUUGUUGCAAGUGUAUUUUGGUUGGUGAUAUCAACGAUGAGUGACAGUUCACUUUUCGACAUGGAUCUUCACUACAUAAGAAACUGCAAGUUUAAAAGGUUUAGAUUCAAAAUUGUCUGGAUUGAAGAUUGCAGUAGGUUUAUCAAGGUGUCAGCUGCCUAGUGUCUGUCAAAUAUGUAGUCUCUAACGACAGACGUGGAAAUAGUGGCGAUGCGGUAACAAAUGUUUUAGAUUUUAAAAUAUGAUUUGGUCAACACGUCUAACAAAAUCUAGUUUCAUGAUGCAAUAGUGUUUUUACGUCAAAUACAACUACGCUGCGCUAUUUACAAUCACAAAAUUUAUUUUAUUUUUAGUGAUUGGUGUUGUUUUUAGUAUUUAUUUAAAAUCUAUAUAAGUUUAUUAAUUUAGUUCUUCCCUUUUGGAAGUAGAUUCGACAACGUUCUAUGUGCAUUUGUCUCCAUAGCUAAAUAGAUUAUACAAAUGUAAUAAUAAAUUAUGUUGAUCUUUAUAGGUACUCUGUUCACUUGUAAACAUUUAAACUGUGGUUGAUGUAAAAAUAUCUGAAUUUAACUUUACCCUAUUCCAACUACCUUUGUAUUUUUACAAUGAUUGGGCUCAAAAUUAUAUAAAUAAAAACUUCUUUAUGCAUAAUUUGUUGUAGUGAAAAUAAUAUCUCCUUCUGUACGUACUUCAAUCCUUCAAUGGGUCAUGAAUGUGAAAAAUAUAGGUACUAUUUUUAUGUAGGGUAUUUUAAGGACUUUAUUCGUAGAAUAAACUUGACGUCUGACAUUA